AGAGAGAGAGAGAGGGGGAGAGAGUUUAUAUAUAUAAAUCAAGGGCGACGAUUUGAUAACCCCGUCAAUCAAUCUAGGGUUUUCAAAUGGGCAACCAGCUUUACGAGUGUUUACACGUGUGCUUUGUUUGUAGCUUGCGCUUCGUCAAGUUGUGUAGACCUGUAAUAUCUUGUGUCUGCUUACUCGACUGAUUACGAUAUUUCAACAAGAGAACAGAGCAGUGGAGGUGGUCGGCAUUGUUUUAUUUGUAGACCAAACAUUUUUUUAAACUUAAUCCUCGAGCAGCAGCGACAACAGCAACAAGAGCACUAUCAUCGAUUGCACGUUCAAUUAUCAGUAGAAACAUUUAUUAUUUAAAAAGAAAUAAUAGUAAGUAAUGAUAUAAUGAACAGAAUUUGUAUUGCGAAUAUUCUCGUUCAACAUUCUGUGCGCUUUACAAUUUACAUUCAACGCCUUCUAGAUAUUCAGAUGCAGCUACCUAACAGAAAUAACAACAGCAAUAGCAACAACCAAUCAACAAUGGAAAAUUAAUCAAAUACCAAUAUCUUAAAGCUUAAUAUGCUUGCUGUAGAACAACUAUUGCUAUAGUAAUUCUAAAAAUCUUAAGAUACAGCCCAAUAGUAGUAGCAGUAACAAAGGCUGUUCUCUCAUGAUCACAAUCGAAGGACAUCUUUGUACAACUCGUCGACUGCCAUACAUUCUAUUUUACUUAAAAACAGUCAUUAUUUUUGUCCCAUAUUUUCACACAUUUCGAGGAUGUCAUAUAUCACGGAGGUCAAAUUUCUCUGGACUACAAGUGUUUUGCUUCUGUUGGUAUCGACGAGCACAGAGAUGUCUCUUGACAAAAUGAUUGAAGGAGCUGCCAAAAACGAGCGGGCCAUCGAGUUCUUGGGCACCGACCACAAAGACAGUGUUAUCGUGGAGCUAGAUAUGAAGUACAGCCCUGAACAGUACGCUGAACUGGUCGCUUUAAAUGCAAGCAGCGUAGCCACCAGACGGAGGCGGAAAAGGAACGCCCUGAGAGACAAAAAGUACCGAUGGACAGACAAUGUGAUACCGUUUGAGUUAUCCUCAAGUCUAAAGCCCAAUGCACCCCCAGUGAUAAUGGAAGCGAUGCAGGAGUGGUCCAUGUACACCUGCAUCACGUUCCGACCUGCACAACCCACAGACACCAACAAAAUCAGAUUCGUGGAUGGCUCAGGAUGUGCUGCAUAUGUGGGGAUGGUUCCCAACAGACACGAAGUUGUUCUUGCAGAAGGCUGUCUUUACAAAGGCAUCGUUCUUCACGAGCUGGGUCAUGUGCUGGGUUUCCACCACGAGCAGACCAGGCCCGACAGAGACGACUACGUGUCCAUACUUUACCAAAACAUCGAAGACGAGAUGGAGUACAACUUCCACAAGUACAACUGGGGUGUGAUCGACAGUUUCGGCGUGCCCUACGACUACCGUAGCAUCAUGCACUACGGGAGCACAGCUUUUUCUCAAAACGGCGAGACGACCAUCAAGACCUUGGACCCCCUCUACCAAAGCGUCAUUGGCAACAGGAUGUCCCUCAGUUUCCGGGACAUCAAGAUCGCCAACAAGAUGUUGAACUGUAAACCAUCCUCGUGCGCCUUGGAUGACGCACAGUGUCCCGGGGAGGGUUUUCCCAACGAGUUCUGUCAAUGUGUCUGCCCCGGCCCCACAGCCAGCAACCCAAUCAUCCUGUGCGAGGCUGAAGCCGGAAGCGGUGCUAGUACCGGCUCAACUUCUGGGACCGUUGCAAAAGAUCAGACGGCACACAGAACUAAAGGAUCACAUCACAUUGUCGCUUCCUCCACACCAGGGACCGUGUCUGACUGACAACCACACCAGUGAUAGUUUCGUCGGCAGCUCCUGGCUUUAAAAAAACUGCGCUUCCUGAUCUCAGAUAUUUCCAGAUUUUAAGUCAGAUUUGGACGUGUUUGUAAUCCUUUUACGAACAAUAAACCGGUGAAUUA